AAGCAACAGUUUGCCUUUUAAUCGCGUCUCUUGUACGGUGCUCUUUCCUCCUCUCUCUCUCUCGUUCGUUCGCUCGAAUCGAUGGAUUCGAAGCGGAACGAACGAAACGCGUACCUAUCUGUAAGGUCGACAAAGUUUCGAGAGGCGUGUAAUUGUUGCCGAGCGAAAUCUAGUUAGCGAUCCACUUUGAGGGAAGUCGAGUACGCUCGCGAGAUUCGUCGCGAUUAAUAGCGUUGAUUCGCGAGCGACUUCGAGUCGCGUUAAAGUUGUCCGAAAGAUACGAUCGAGCUAUUCACUCGGCGAAACACUCGUACCGUUCCGGUUGUUCGGUCUGGCAGCGCUGCUAAUUGCUUUUCAAAGUGAAAACUAAGUUUACCAGCGAUCGUGAAUCGUUGCGUCUCUCGUCUCGUGUCGCAUCUUGUCUCUGGAACGCGAUUCACCGACGAACUUUCGACGCGUUGUAACUGCUUGUCUCGCGCGAAACGCGUUAUUACGAUACUUUUAAAGAGGCAACAAGACGGAUCGGUCGACGACGAAAGGUUGUUCGAGGCGAGCCGAGUCCGCGGGAGCGGUCAAGGCACGGCCGAAAGAUAAAUCGGCGGCUGACGAUCGUCGAACGGAAGAGGAAGAAGACGAUUCGUGAAUCUUCAGACGAGAAUGAGCAGCGGAGAAUGGAACGGUUGGUUGCAACGAUGCCGAGAAUCGCGAAAAUUGGUUCUCGUGAUCGUCGCGAUCGCUUUGCUUCUGGACAAUAUGCUUCUGACCACGGUUGUGCCCAUCAUCCCGGAAUUUCUGUACGACAUCAAGCAUCCUAACUCAACGCUGAGCCAACACCUAGAAGGCAAUGGCCCCGUACGAACGACGCUGGGAAUCGUUCAGCCUACGAGCAAGAUCGCCUCUACUACAACUUCCAGCCUAAUUACCAACCCAAACGGUGCUGGCUCUUCGAACAAUACGAUCGAUUCUCAAACCGAGUUUCUCCAUGCGACCAUCCCUCCUUGCAUGGGCAUGACUGAAAGCACGGACGUUGGGGCGAGUUUGUCGGAGAUAGAAGAAAAGAAGCAACGACAUCGCGAGUUACUACAGGAGACGGUCGCCGUUGGCAUAAUGUUCGCUUCGAAAGCUUUCGUUCAAUUGCUGGCUAAUCCGAUUGUCGGUCCUCUCACCCACAAAAUCGGCUACAGCAUACCCAUGUUCACCGGUUUCAUCAUCAUGUUUCUUUCUACGCUGAUAUUCGCGUUCGGACGAAGCUACGGUAUCCUUUUCUUGGCGAGAGCGUUGCAAGGAAUCGGUUCCUCUUGUUCGAGCGUAUCAGGUAUGGGUAUGUUGGCCGAGAGGUACCAAGACGACAAGGAACGGGGUAACGCGAUGGGAAUCGCUCUGGGUGGUUUGGCCCUUGGCGUCCUCAUCGGUCCACCAUUUGGCGGUGUCAUGUACGAAUUCGUUGGAAAAUCUGCUCCGUUCUUGGUUCUUUCCGCGUUAGCCCUUGGCGAUGGACUUUUACAGCUUAUGGUACUUCAACCGUCCAUCGUGUACACCGAGGCUGAACCGCCGUCUCUGAAGAGUUUAAUCACCGACCCUUAUAUCCUCAUAGCCGCUGGCGCUAUCACGUUCGCCAACAUGGGUAUCGCUAUGUUGGAGCCUAGUCUUCCGAUUUGGAUGAUGGACACGAUGGGUGCGAGCAGAUGGAAACAAGGUGCCACCUUUUUACCAGCUAGCAUCAGCUACUUGAUCGGUACUAAUCUUUUCGGACCGCUUGGACACAGAAUGGGCAGAUGGUUAGCUUCCCUGAUCGGAUUGGUCGUUAUUGGUAUCUGUUUGAUGUGCAUACCGUUGGCUAAAAGUAUCGAUCAUCUGAUCGUGCCCAACGCCGGCUUGGGAUUCGCAAUUGGCAUGGUGGACAGUUCGAUGAUGCCCGAAUUGGGAUAUUUGGUAGACAUUAGACAUACCGCUGUAUACGGAAGCGUUUACGCUAUCGGAGAUGUCGCCUUCUGUUUAGGUUUCGCCGUGGGACCUGCAUUGAGCGGCACGCUAGUCAACACUAUCGGUUUCGAGUGGAUGUUAUUUGGAAUCGCGAUUCUAAACUUUCUUUACGCCCCGCUAAUGUACUUUUUGAGAGCACCACCGACCAAAGAGGAGAAAAAGUCAUUGAUCAUUGGCGAAAAAUCGUCUGUGCGCUACGUAACGUACCAGAAUGAAGAGGAUGAACAAUAAUGGCACGGCGGUUUCUAAACUUUUCUUUUCCCGCGUUCUGGAGAUGCAGCAGCAACGAGUUGAAUACAGUACACGAAACAUUAUUAUUUACUUUCUAAUCUAACGUUUAUUGUACAUAAAGGUAGAGUAAAUCGUAAGAAUAAGUGUGUGCGUUCAAGAGAAUCGUACACGUGAACAGCGUGUUACCAAACAAAUAUGCAGGAAGUUUCCGAUUUGGUGGCAUAACCGAAGAGUUAGCGAAUUUGCACGAAAAAGUAAGUCAAAAUGUAGAAUGACAUGUUUUUCCUACGAAGCUUUGUUUCUAAAUAAAUUCAUGUUGAAAAUUCAUCGAAAAUUCUGUAUUUAAAAAUUGCGGCAACAAGUUGUGCUAUCUACUGUUUGGUGCAUCUAAAACGCAAAAAUCACAUCGUUUGCUGUUCUCGUCGUUGAAACCAGACAACGCCACGAGUUUAUGGCGGUUUUUUUUAAAAAUAAGUAUUGAAAUUUCGAUGAAUUUUCAGCUUAUUCUUUUAUGUAGAUUUACUCGCUCUACUGUUGUGCCACUAUGUUGGAAACACCUAGUAUAUCUACGUCGAUUGAUCGAGGCACCGAUGGAUAAGGAUACAUCGAUACGCGCUCGUUGGUUCGCGAAUCGCGAAAAGUUUUUAGCGCUUCGAGGCCGUCAAAUUGAAUUUAAAUGAAAAAUUUUUCACGGAGAACCGCCUACUUUGGAUUCCCUGAAUGGCUGCAGGGAAACCGUGCCACGGCGAUUAGGCACGAUGAAGAGUUUUCCGAAUAUUUGCAAAUCUAAUCGGCAUAUAGGAUGUUCCACUUGUAGGUAAUCGCGGAUAUAAUUACCGAAUAAAGCGUCUCGAGUGUCGAAGAUUCUCGCGACUUUGCUUUUCACGAGCAACGAUGAGAAACCAAGAAAUCCUGAUAAUAAUAAUUAAACCCGAGUUGUUUCUAAUUCACGAACGAUCAAACGUUCUCUUGUGAAACGAAACGAACAGUAGUAACGCGGAAACUUGAAGAAAAGAAGCGUCGAACCGUUCGACGAAUUUGCAAAUUACAAGAUAAACUAUAUGCGAAUUCGCGGCGGAAAACUCAAGCACGUAUCCUUCCCUCGUUUUCCCAUCGAUAUAAAUCCGUUCUCUCGUUCUUCGUUCGCGUUCUAUCUUUCGGAUUAGCUCUUUCAAAUGCAUAUUAUAGAUCGUAAGGGCGUUACGCCUCGUUUCUUCUAGCGAUAGUAGUUCGAAAUGGUGUUAGUAUAAUAUUUACGUAGAGUAGUAACGUUUACGAACAUUAUAUCUUAAAAGUUUAUCGAUAAUCGUGUGUUUGUUGUUCUGGUCGAGAAACGACGACCGUUUGUACGUUUAGGUCCUAAGCUACACCAUGGAUGUAGGCGAAUCUUUCAAGAAACGCAUAGAUAACGUUGUUAAUUUAUUGAUCGUUAACGGGCCUUGUUCAGGUCUAUUUAAUAUAUUCAAACAAGUAUAGAGUAUAAUGUUGAUGCUUAGCGAUUAAGCAAAAUCGUUAGGAGUUGUUAAGAGUUUUCGUGGUACGUUUGACUCUGUAACGUUGUUAGGCGAUUGAAACGCGUGCGUAGAACGAUAUUGUAACAAAGAGUUAACUGGUGCAGAAAUAGAACAGGCUUCCACUGCGAAUUCGAUGAAUCCUCGAGGCUGCGUUGCUCACGCACCUACUCCCGGUAAGAAACGCGAGUCAAUUCGAUUUGCGAAUUCUUAGCGAACGUUCGACGCUGCCGCGGAUGUACGAUUAAGGAAAACCAGGAGGGGCAUGCUGUUCGCGAAAAUAGAGAUCGAGAUAUCGAAUGAUUUUUCAGAAUCCAACCCGAUCAGAGAAUCAACCUCUAUCGAGUUAAAAAAUAUAAAGAGCUUAGGAAUCGUAAGGAUCGGAUCGAGAAACGGGUGAAUCGACGUCGUUGUAUCUACAUAGCCGGUACAUGUAUUAUCCGUAUUCAACGUAUUUAAGGGCUCCUUUAGUUUCCUGUAAAUAUAGUAAAAGUAUGUGUAUGUCUCUAGAAAGCAAUUAUAGCAAUCUGUAGGUGCAUCUAUGAAA